UUCAAAUUUUAUCUCAUAAAAUCAUCAUAGUCUUUGCAAGCCCACCGACUGUUCUCCCAAAGCAUGCUGAAUUACACGAAGAAUCUUUUGGUUCUCUUUGGUUUUCACGAUUCUUCUUCCUCUAUGACUUCUCUCUGAUGUAGGAUUUUCCCACAAGGUUGCUGGGUUUCUUCUAGAGAUUGAAAUUCCCCUGUUUUUUUAAGAGGAGAGAAAUCGUUGAAUCAAACCCAGUUUGGAAGAUGGUUCAGAGAACGGCGGUGGGCAAAUUUGGAGUUCAAAUUGAUGGUGUUAAAUCGGAGAAGAGAGUUGCGAUCUUCAAAACUAGUUCUUCUGGUUGUUGUUGUGCUUCUUCUUCUCAGAACACAGAUGGUAAAAACAGAGCAGCUGAUUUGAAGAUGAAGAUGAAGAAAUCACGAGCUAUUCAGCUUUCGGAUUUCGAGAGCUUAGCUUCAUCGCCGAUUAGAAAGAACGUAACGCUGCCUGGUAAGCCGCCGCCGACGACGCCGCCACCGACUGUUCGUUCUAAUGUUUUGGAAAUCAAACAGAAGAAGAAUCAGCAGCCGUCUCCGAUUAGAACCAGCGGUGGUUCGCCCAAUUACAUGAAAUCUACGAGCUGUUUCGAUGCAAGGAAAGAGGUUUCUCAGGUGAGUUCUCGGAAAUCUCGAAUUUGUAGUGAUAGUAAGAAACCCGGAAGGAGGAAUUUAGAGAACUCUGUUCAUGUGUCUGUUACUGGCUUUAAGCCCACCAAGUGUUUGACAAAAUGCCCCAGUGUAAAACUGGCUAGGACUUUAACGAAGACGGCGAGCUUCAAGAAGGCUUCUAGGGGGGCUCUGUGUGCUGACAUGAAUUCACACAGAGCUACCUGUUCUUCGACUCUCAAGGACACUAAGUUUCCAGCAUACCUCACGCUGAGCCCUGGUGCAACCGAGUCUGAAGGAACUUCAACCAUGAAAGUCUGUCCUUAUACUUACUGCUCGCUUAAUGGCCAUAGACAUGCUCCUCUGCCUCCCUUGAAGUGCUUCUUGUCUGCUAGGAGACGUUCAUUGAAGACUCCGAAGAAUCUGAAAGUUGAGCCAUCUGGUUGUGGGGUGCAAGGGGAAGGUGCUGCUGGUGGGAGAAUGGUAGAGGCUUUGGUAAACGAUGGUGGGUUGAGUUUUUUCAUUGAAAUUUUUGCUGAAAAUAAGGUUGAUCGUGCUGCUGGUGCUUCUUCUUCUACUGUGGAUGAUAAAGCCGAGUCGAGUAAUGAAGACAAUAGGAAACCAGUUGCAGAUAACAUCUCUGAUGAAUCCAUGGACUUACAUGGGGAUGAUUAUGAGGAUGAUGCUGGUUCGUUGGGGACCGAGAUCGAAGAGUGGGAGGAGCAGCAGUUUUUGAGCAUGGAAAGGGAUGGUUUGGAUGAACUUGAAGAUCGAUCAAGUGUUGAAAAUGGGGGUUUAUCAGAAGAGUCUCGUUUGCAUAAUGAAGAACUCGUUGGAUCUGAUGUUGUUGUCAAAGAUGGUAAAGGGGUGUUCUUUGAAGAACAGUUCUAUAUGGAGGAUUUCGAGUUGAAUCGCCAUCCGGAUUGGGAGGUGGAAGAGGCUAGCCAAGUGUCUGAGAGCUUAAGUUUUGGUCAACUUUCUUAUUUGGAGUAUGCAUUUGAUGAUUUGGAUGCUACACAAACUGUUAUUGAUCGAGCUGAAACUGAAUAUUUGGAUUUGAUUCUGAGUUCUCAAUUGGAAGCUGAAGAUUCAAAAAAUGAGCAAGAAAAUCAAGAUCUUCAAGUUGAUGGGGCUGUGCUUGGCAGCAGAGCCUCUAUCCAUGAAGAAGCUUUGCAGUUCGAUAGCCAUCUUCCCGACCAUGAUCGUGUCCUGCAAGAGGAUUCACUCGAUGCUGAUAUCCAUAUCGAAAACAGGAAACAACUUGAUGAUGUUGCAAACCAUGGAGAAGAGGUAUCUGAGGAUGAAAAUUCUAGUGAAGAAAGACACUGCCAAGAUAUCUCAGCUACUGGAAACAUGAAUUCAGUUGCUGAACAAGAUGAAGAGACUUCUUUGAAUGAUAAUAGCGUCGUGAUGGUCGAACGUGUGGAAGGCAAAGAUCAAGCAGAUUCAUCGGUAAAAGCAGCUAAGUCUCCCCGUCCUGCAAUGAAUUCCAGCCAAGAACUGGAUCUCUUUGGCAAGAAUUGGGAAUUGAACAUAAACUACAAGAAACAUGGAGAUGAAUCAGAAAAUCCAAGGAGCUUCAAUCCACAAGAACCGAAUUACUUGCCGUUGGCGCCAGAUCCGGAAGCAGAAAAGGUAGAUCUCAAGCAUCAGCUAAUGGAUGACAGGAAAAAUGCAGAAGAAUGGAUGCUUGAUUAUGCACUCCAACGAACCGUCACGAAACUCACACCAGCUAAGAAGAAAAAGGUGGCACUUCUGGUUGAGGCGUUCGAAUCGGUCAUGCCAACGACAUCCAGAUACGAACCCCAUCUCCAAAAUAACGCUUCUGGAGCUUUUAGUUCGGAAAAACGCAUCCAAGCUUGUUUCUAAUGGUAGCAGCAGAGGUAAACCUCCAAACACCAUCUCAUCAAGUUCAUUUGCUCUAACUUGUUUAACCACUGAAAACCUCAAAAAGAGGAGAAAAUUGCUAGCCUGUAUAGGAUGUUAGAAAAUUCUCAUAGGAGCAUGAAAAAUACUGAACUGUGAUAGAAAAUGCUCGGAGUUGAGACAUCGAGUAUCGUCGACGUCCUUACGUUGAAGGAUGAGUGGCAGGGAGAUGAUCUUUGCUUGAGAGUCUAUCAUUCUGUGUGUUUUUCAAUAGUGUCUGUUGGUGUCAGUUUGUUCAAAGGUUAUGUAAAUUAUGUGCGGUUGUGAUGAAGGUGUAUUAUCAAAACCUUCAAACUCUUCUAAUCUCAUGACCCUUUUUUCUUUUCGUUAUUUCUGAAUGCAAUUCUCUUCUGCUAUAGUUUUGUAAUAGUGGCAUUGAGAAGUUACUUUCAAUAAAGAAUAGAUUGGUGAUAGAUUUGUUGUUCUCA